AUGAACGGAGGCCCAUCUGGUUUCACAAAUGCUCCUGUCACAAGGGCUUUCAUCAUCGCCUCAGCGCUUUUCUCAAUCUUCUUUGGGAUCCAGGGUCGUUUCAACACUUUGGGGUUGUCGUAUCAGGAUAUUUUUGGAAAGCUUCGCAUUUGGAAGUUGAUUAUGUCGUUAUUUUCCUUCACAUCAACACCGGAGUUGAUGUUUGGACUAUAUCUUCUAUAUUACUUCAGGGUAUUUGAGAGACAAAUCGGUUCCAAUAAAUACUCAGUGUUUAUUGUGUUCUCUGUGUUGGCUUCACUACUGUUUGAGGUUUUUGCUGUAGCAUUUUUAAAAGAUCCUUCAGCAACCCCAGUCACUCCUGGACCUUAUGGCCUUAUAUUUGCUUCGUUUGUACCCUUUUUCUUUGACAUUCCCGUUUCGACACGGUUCCGUUUAUUUGGUUUCCACUUCUCAGAUAAGUCAUUCAUAUAUCUAGCUGGUCUUCAGCUUCUACUGUCAUCAUGGAAAAGGUCCAUCUUACCAGGGGUGUGUGGCAUCCUUGCUGGUUCCUUAUACCGUUUGAAUGUCUUUUAUAUCCGCAAAGCAAAGUUCCCGGAGUUCAUUUCAUCAUUUUUUUCACGAAUAUCCUUGCCAUCUAUGGGGACUCCACGCACAACACCAACGAGGAAUGUUUUGGGCAAUGUACCAUCCUACCCAGCUCACCAAAUGGAGAGAAACUAUCCUGCUCCAAUGCAUUCUGCAGUAGAACCAUCGGAGGACUCAAUUGCGACCCUUGUUUCAAUGGGAUUUGACAGGAAUUCAGCAAGACAAGCCUUAGUGCAGGCGAGAAAUGAUGUGAAUGUGGCGACAAACAUCCUACUGGAAGCACAGGCUCACUAA